GGGCUUGAAGAAUCCAAAUUCCUAGAUGCCUUCUCAAAACUGGAUUUUGAGUGGAUUAUGGACCUGCACACCGAAUUUAGCCGCAAGGUUCUGCAUCUCAAACCCGGCCAACGAGCAGUCAUCAUUAACGGUCGAGUGUAUGGUCCACUGGAGGAGCACGAAUCGUUUGUGGAAGAGGAUUUAUGGCUUGCCGAGCACAUAUCAAAAUCUGCUGGCACUGAGGGUUUAGCUGGUGCUCUUCAGAAAAUCCUUCCGCCUGCCACGUCAACUAGCCGCAUUUCUGAACUUGUAUGGCGUGUGUCAUCGGUGCUAGAGUCUACCAACUGGCGUCUAUCGGCCUUUGCGAAGAGUUUGGCGUCCGAGGGCAUUUUUGUGAACGGGACUACCAAUCGCAUCGCAGUAAAAAAUCUGAAAAUGAAAACCAGUGCCUUCCGUGUACCGCCGACUACCAGUGGUCUCAGCUAUGACAUAGUAGCCAUCGUGGAUCCUGCCUCUCGCGACGCACAACGUCUCUCGCACGUCCUUCUCGUAUUGCAAGAAGCGCUACCCUGCAAUAUAACCGUCAUUCUCAAUCCCCAGCAUGAACUCUCAGACUUGCCUCUGAAGAACUUCUAUCGUUUCGUAUGGGAGCCAACUGUACUAGACAAGAAGGGUCAGGCCGCACUGCCGUCCGUGAAUUUCGAGGAAUUACCGGGCAAGUCCCUUCUCACUCUAGCCAUUGACGCUCCACACAACUGGAUGGUCGCCGCGACAAAAACUGUGGAAGAUCUGGAUAACAUCCGCAUGGCAGACAUUGCUAGCAGGACCGGCAGCCAGAUCGUAGACGCUGAGUUUACUCUGGAGUAUCUCUUGUUGGAGGGUCAUUGUCUGGACGAGACGACUCGACAGCCACCGCGGGGGCUACAGUUCACUUUGGGUACCGCCGAUAACCUGGAAAAGCAUGACACCAUCGUCAUGGCCAAUUUGGGGUACUUCCAACUGAAGGCAAACCCUGGUGCCUGGUAUCUGAACCUUCGCAAGGGCAAAUCAAAGGAUAUAUAUAAAAUGACGAGCCACGAGUACGCAGACAGCCCUGUUGGCUCUGAAUCAGUUACGGUUGUGAUUGACAGUUUCCGUCCAAAGAUUAUUCGCGUUAACGUUGCAAAGAAGCCGGGUCACCUCAAGGAGAGUGUCCUCAACGUAGAUGCCGACGGUCAAACAACGCCUGACGAAGAGGAAAGCCAGGUCGUUGGCGAGAAUUCCUAUAGCGGAACCUUAUCUGCUUUCUGGAAUAUUCUCGGCAGUUGGAUGGAUGUUAUACGCUCUCGGCUAACCUGUUUUAAGGGUCCCGAGCAGCCCAAAAAUGUCACUCGCGAAACCAUUAACAUUUUUUCCCUGGCUUCGGGACACCUCUACGAGCGUUUCUUGCGCAUUAUGAUGCUUAGCGUUAUUGAACACACAAAUUCAACCGUCAAGUUUUGGUUCCUGAAAAAUUACCUCUCACCGUCCUUCAAGGAAUUUAUACCGCAUAUGGCAGCUGAAUAUGGUUUUGAGUACGAACUUGUCCAGUACCAGUGGCCACGCUGGCUCCAUCCGCAAACUGAAAAACAGCGCAUCAUCUGGGGCUACAAAAUCCUCUUCCUUGACGUCCUUUUCCCGCUCAGUGUCAAGAAGAUAAUUUAUGUUGAUGCCGAUCAGGUUGUCCGGACGGAUUUGCAGGAGCUUGUUGACCUGGACCUCGGUGGUGCGCCCUACGGCUACACACCCUUCUGCGAUUCGCGCAAGGAGAUGGAGGGCUUCCGUUUCUGGAAGCAUGGAUACUGGGCUGCUCAUCUUGGGGAGCGACCCUACCACAUCUCAGCCCUCUACGUCGUAGAUUUGGUGCGCUUCCGCAAGAUGGCGGCCGGUGAUCGUCUGCGUGGUCAGUAUCACGCACUGAGUCAAGAUCCAAACAGCCUUUCAAAUCUUGACCAAGACCUUCCCAAUAACAUGAUCCACCAGGUGCCUAUUAAGUCGCUGCCUCAGGAGUGGCUAUGGUGUGAAACCUGGUGCUCUGAUGAGAGUAAACAGUCUGCCAAAACUAUCGACCUCUGUAACAACCCAAUGACGAAGGAACCAAAGUUGUCAGCGGCCAUGCGUAUAAUACCCAAUUGGAAUAAAUACGAUCAGGAAAUCAGAAGUCUUCAAGAACGCGUAGCUGAGGGUGGCAGCAAGUUGGCGAGUCUCCCUUCUUCCUCGACUGUCGAGAAGACAACUGCCGUUCCUCCUAUGGAGCAAAAGACAACUGUCGUUCCUCCUACGGAGCAGAAGACAACUGCCGUUCCUCCUUUGGAGCAGAAGACAACUGCCGUUCCUCCUAUGGAGCAGAAGGCAACAGCAGAAAAGUCUCCAGGUGCGUUUAUAGAUGUUUGCGUAUAA